GGCAUCAGAACCUAGUUUACCAGACGUGAGGCCGGAGGUGCUGCCAUGGCACCCCUGAGGCCCCUUCUGAUGCUGGCCCUGCUGGCAUGGGUUGCUCUGGCUGACCAAGAGUCGUGCAAGGGCCGCUGCACAGACGGCUUCAUUGCCGAAAGGAAGUGUCAGUGUGACGAGCUGUGCUCUUACUACCAGAGCUGCUGCGCUGACUACGUGGCCGAGUGCAAGCCCCAAGUGACUCGCGGGGAUGUAUUCCUUCAGCCAGAUGAUGAGUACAGGGCCUAUGACUACCACGAGGAGACCAGACACAACACCAGCGUCCAAGAAGAGCCAAGGAUCCCUGUCCUGCUGGCCAAGACUGAAGAGACUCCGGUUCUGAAACCUGAGGAAGAGGCCCCACCACCUGGGCCUCAGACUGAUGAUCUAGGGGUUGAGGAAGAGCUGUGCAGUGGGAAACCCUUUGAUGCCUUCACCAACCUCAAGAACGGUUCCGUCUUUGCCUUCCGAGGGCUGUACUGCUAUGAGCUGGAUGAAAAGGCAGUGAGGCCUGGGUACCCCAAGCUCAUCCAAGAUGUCUGGGGCAUCAAGGGCCCCAUUGAUGCCGCCUUCACCCGCAUCAACUGUCAGGGGAAGACCUACCUCUUCAAGGGUAGUCAGUACUGGCGCUUUGAUGAUGGUGUCCUGGACCCCAAUUACCCCCGCGAGAUCUCUGAAGGCUUCAAGGGUAUUCCGGACGAUGUGGAUGCAGCCUUGGCCCUGCCGGCUCAUAGCUACAGUGGCCGGGAGCGGGUCUACUUCUUCAAAGGGAAACAGUACUGGGAGUAUGUGUUCCAGCAGCAGCCCAGUCGAGAGGAGUGCGAAGGCAGCUCCCCGUCGGACGUCUUUGCACACUUUGCCCUGAUGCAGCGGGACAGCUGGGAGGACAUCUUCAGACUUCUCUUCUGGAGCCAUUCCUUUGGUGGUGCCAUAGAGCCCCGGAUCAUCAGCCAGGACUGGCUUGGUUUGCCUGAACAAGUGGAUGCGGCCAUGGCUGGCCAAAUUUACAUCUCAGGCUCAGCCCUCAAGCCCUCCCAGCCCAAGAUGACUAAGUCUGCACGUCGCAGUGGUAAACGCUACCGCUCACGCCGUGGCCGUGGCCGUGGCCGAGGCCACAGCCGCAGCCAGAAGUCCCACCGGCAGUCUCGUUCAACCUGGCUGCCCUGGUUCUCCAGUGAGGAGACUGGCCCAGGAGGCUACAACUAUGAUGACUAUAAGAUGGACUGGCUCGUGCCUGCCACCUGUGAGCCCAUCCAGAGCGUCUACUUCUUCUCAGGAGAGGAGUACUACCGAGUGAACCUGCGCACGCAGCGAGUGGACACUGUGACCCCUCCCUACCCACGCUCCAUCGCCCAGUACUGGCUGGGCUGCCCAGUUCCAGACCAGAAGUAAGAGUCCGAGUCUGAAUCCACACAGCUGAGUCUCUGCUGCUGCCCUCUCUAGCCUCCCCCUCCCAGCCCAAUAAAGAGUCCUUGGCCCUGA